AAGCUAAACUGUCCUUAAAACACGCAGUCUGUCGUCAUGUUUUUGUCGAUGGAAAGGAAGUGACAGUUUGUUUGUCUAUGUGUGUGAACCGGAGGGGACGGCAAUAACGGUCGCGUGUGUUUUAACUUCGCGAAAGUGUCCGCGCGACAGGAAUCCACCGUGAAGGAUGACGUAUCUCCACUUCAACCUCUGUUUGAAUAAUAAUAAUAAUAAACGGUCGUCGUGGCUUUCUAAUGGAGUCUAUUAUAUUGUCUGUUUCUCUUUGGCGUUUUCCUUUUAGAACGAGAACUAUCUUCCCCGCGGUAACUAAAGGAGCACGAAUGAUCAGGAUGAAGCGAAGACGAGGAAGAAAAGCACAAAUAUAAUGCGUCAGGAAGCCUAGAGAGAGCACGGAGAGAUUUGUGUGUGGCAGGACGUACAGGGCUGGUGAAGUGAGUAGAAAAGACGUUCAGCACUUGCCUGGAAUGUUUCUAUCUACUUUUAUUGGAUGGCUAACUCAGGAGGUGACUGUCUACCUUCUUAUGUUGGUGACCUUGAUGGUUGUGAAGGAUCCCAGACUGAAGCUUUGGAGAUAGAGCACCUGUUUGGCCAUGGCUGUAUCUCAAUGUUAAAAGGAAACAAGAACAAGAGUGGAAAGAGAGGCCCCUGUUUCCAAGCACCAUGUUUGCAUUUCAUACUCUGUCCCAAUUCAUAACAGAAAACUCAGAAUAUGGAUGUGUUCAAGCUUCAAGUUUUCUCUGUAUUGGCUAAAUGUAAGAAACAGAGAGGAUGUUUCCUGGGCGUGUGGUACAAGGACAUUCCUCCUCUAUUGUUGAAAUCCCAGGUGUCUUGUUUAAAAUUGCAUCCAUCUUGAGAUUAAGGCGCUCUUAUCUGAUGUGUUCUGUUCACUUCUCAUCCAUUUGUUGGUUUAAUGCCAGAAAAACUCCUCAACAGAGAGAAGCAGGCAUGCAGGGCGUGUGUGUGUGGAUUUGGACUUUGGCCCUGGACGGGAUGCAUGUAUUUAUUGGCAGCUGGCAGAGCAGAACUGCGAAUCGUGAUCUGACUGAUGAUUGAUUCUCAGUUUGCCGUGGUCCAGCGCCAUGGUAGACAUGCCGAGUCUGUACAGUCCCUCGUCCCUGCUGGGUGAUCCGAUGCUGGACAGGUCUCUUUGUGGAGAGCUCAAUGGUGACAUGGAGGAGCUAGAGGACAUCUCUCAGUCUUUUCAUGACGAUACCUUCAGUUCUUUACACAUACUGGAGUACCAGAGCUACAACACAGUGUUAGACAGCUCCACUGGCCUAGAUGUCUUAACGCCAGCUUCUAGUCCAUCCUCAGGAGUGUUUGCAGCCAGCACUGGCCAGGAUGAGAACUCCUCUAGUUCACUUAGUUCACUUACCCUGGAGUGCCGAGUAUGUGCCGACCGUGCCUCAGGUUUCCACUACGGAGUGCAUGCCUGCGAAGGCUGCAAAGGGUUCUUCAGGAGAACCAUUCGACUCAAAUUGGAAUAUGACAAGUGUGAACGCAACUGUAAGAUUCAGAAGAAGAACCGAAACAAGUGUCAAUACUGCCGUUUCCACAAGUGCCUUGCGGUUGGCAUGUCCCACAAUGCCAUUCGAUUUGGGCGAAUGCCUCAGUCUGAGAAGCACAGGCUGAGAGCAGAGCAGGAGAUUGGGGAGAAAGAAGAGUGCAAGUCCCAGCAGCCCGACACUAAGAGUCUGGCCAGGCUGAUCCAUGACGCCUACCUCAAACACUUCCACAUGAACAAAGCCAAAGCACGUGUCUUUCUCACAGGCAAGACUUGCACUCCGCCCUUCGUCAUCCAUGACCUGGAUACUCUGCAGCAUGCUGAGCAGACUUUGGUCACCCAACUUCUGGGGAACAUGGCAGCCGGCGAUGCCUCUGCUCUACAGGAGAGAGAGGUCGAGGCCCGGCUCUUUCUUUUCUGUCAGUAUGCUUCAGUGGAGACGGUCACAGAACUCACAGAGUUUGCCAAAGCUGUGCCUGGCUUUGCUACCCUAGAUCUUAAUGACCAGGUGACUCUGCUGAAGUAUGGUGUGUAUGAGGCGCUGUUUGCCCUGCUGGCUUCCUGUAUGAAUAAAGAUGGACUGCUGGUUGCUCGCGGUGCAGGCUUUAUCACUCGCGAGUUUCUGAAAAGCCUGCGCAAGCCCUUCAGUGAUAUGAUGGAACCAAAAUUUCAGUUCGCUUUGAGGUUCAAUGCUCUAGAGCUCGACGACAGCGACCUGGCACUGUUUGUGGCAGCCAUUAUCUGCUGUGGAGAUCGUCCAGGACUGAGCAAUGUAUCCCAGAUCGAAUGCAUCCAGGAGACUAUAAUUCACGCUCUACGGCUUCACCUUUUGGUCAACCAUCCUGACAACACUUUACUCUUUCCCAAGCUGCUACAGAAACUGGCUGACCUGCGACAGCUUGUGACAGAGCAUGCAGAUCUUGUCCAGGAGAUCAAGAAGUCAAAUGAUGCUUCACUCCAUCCACUUCUGCAGGAGAUCUACAGAGAUAUGUACUGAGCACACAAUCUCUCCCCUGAACUAUGGUGAUGAUGACUCCAUAGAUGUUUCAGGCAGUGCUAAUACAUGAGAGACCCCUCUAUCUUUGGGACAGGAAAUUAAUGAAGUCUUUGAGUAGAGGGAUUAGGUAUAGGAAGACAGAUGGUGUGCACAGAUGCUUUGAAUCAUGCACUGAUGGGGUGUGUUAGGGCAAACCCACUGGGUCACGACACUGGCCAUUGUAAGGACACUGUCCAAAAUCUUCUAGGAAAGUGCAAUCGAUGCUGUCCACUCAUAAUUUUCGAGCUGCCUCCUCAAAAAGUAGCUCUCCAUAAACUUAUGUUUGUCACUGCCUCUGCCAUUAAACUGCCAAGAACUUCCUGGAACAACAUGCUAUUGUUGUACCAGUGACUCUAUAUUGAAAACUGUGUGAUUAUGUUUUGAUGUUAGAAUGUAAAAUAUAUAUAUAUAAGAGCCAUAGAAAUCAGACUGCUUUUUACCUCACUUGAAACACCUGUAUAUUGAACGUCAUUUGUACAAUCUUUUGUACUGUAUAGCACUCCAACUGUAAUUUUAUAGCACAAUCAAGGACUGUUUAUGUAUUUUGAAAAAUUGAACUUACAUUUAGGAGACUAAUGUGAUAUUUUGUAUAAGAAUUAGUUUUUUCAAUAUUUACAUGUAAUGCAGAUCCCAAAAACACAUUCAGAUUUGACCAUAUGCUGAACAUCAGAUCACUUUUUAGAAACUGUUCUUUCUCAGACCUUGAUUUGUAAAUUAUGUGGGGUUUUUUUAUGUAAAGUUUUGCAGUAAUGACAGGAAAAAUCAGAAUUGAGUGCAAAAUCAACUUGCCGACACAAUCCACAAGGCACUUAAACGUCAUAAAAUGUUGUUGUAGUUUUUGGUUGUUGCAAUGUUAUUAAAUAUUUAAUUUUUAAUUGAGAUCUUUGAAUGUGAACGGACUGAUAAAUAAAAUGCUGUCUGCAUUUUAUUUUAUUUUUUUAUUUAAAAUCAA